AUGUCGCCUGAUAUCCGUCUUCUGCUCAUUGGUGACAGAGGAAAGGCAUCUUUAAACACAUCGUUCCUCCUUCACUUGGUUCAGGGUCAGAAUGACUGGGGAGUGACUUACUCUUCUACUGAGAUCUGUGCAGUGAAAGGAUCAACAGUGGAGAUAAGAUGCACCUACAAAUACCCAUCCACAUGGAGAGGUCGUGUAAACACAGUACAGAAAACAUUCUGGUCCACUAAACAGAAAGAUGGUGAACCUGUAGAUCUGUUCACAGCAUCAGAGUAUUCAGGUCGUGUCGAGGGUCGUUGUGAAAACAACGUCUGCACUCUGAGAAUCAGAAACCUGAGAGAGAGCGACUCAGCUGAGUACUGGUUCAGAUUCGAAACAAACCAACCAGAUGGAAAAUAUGAUGGUUCAACUGGCGUCACUUUGUCCGUCACAAACCUCCAGGUCACAUCUGAAUCAAACCGGCUGCAUUGUCAGAACAGUUGUCCUCCAUCUUAUAAUCCUCCCUACAUCUGGUACAAGAACGGACAAAGAAUUCAGAGAGAAACAUCUUAUUAUACAAAUAUAACGAACAAUGCAGACAGUUAUUCAGGUGUCAGAGGUCAAACCUGCAACAGAGUGACUUACUCUGAGAGAAGCAUCUGCACCCCCAAAGGAUCAUCAGUGGACAUUUCCUGCACGUACAGCAGCUUUGAAGACGAUGUUGAAUCUAAGUUCUGGUUCAUAGCUGAGCGUAGUCAUCCGGGACAGAAUCCCUCUCAACCUGAGGACCUUAGUGAAGACUCCCAGUAUGCAGGUCGUGUUCAUAUCCUUGACACAGAGAGAGGAUGCUCCACUCUGAGGAUCUCUGACCUGAGAGACUCAUAUUCAGCUCAGUAUCUCUUCAAAUUCAAAACACCAAGCUUUGAAUGGAGGAGUGAUUUACCUGGUACCACUCUGACUGUCACAGGUCCAGCUCUCCAGGUGCAGGUGAUCAGAGCAAAGGUCUACAACUAUUCUACUGAGGCAGAGCUGAAGUGUCACAGCAGCUGCAGUCCAGCUAGUUCUCUGAACUACGUCUGGUUCAAGAACGGAGAGAAAAUCAAAGCAACGGUGAUAUCUUCUUAUAAAGGCUUGUUUCAGCCCAGAGACAACAUCUAUUGUGCUUUUGAAGGACAUGAAGACUUCCCCUCUCCUCCAGUGUAUGCUCCAAAGCUCCCCUCUGUGUCAGUGAGUCCCUCUGCUGAGAUAGAGGAGGGCAGUUCAGUGACUCUGACCUGUAGCAGUGAUGCUAACCCAGCAGCUAACUACACCUGGUACAAGGAGGAUGAAGACUCUCCAAAAGCUUCAGGACAGAUCUUCACCAUCACUGACUUCAGAGCUGAACACAGUGGGAGUUAUUCCUGUGGAGCCCAGAACAAGUUAGGACGUAGUAACUCCACCUUUCAUCUGAUUGUUGUGGCAGGGAGUUCAACAAUGAUGGUGAAUAUCAUCAGGACGAGGGUGUUGAUGCUGAUUCCUGUGUUUCUCCUGAGUCUGUGGACGAGGAAGAAGAAAGCUCUGCGCUCCACCACUGAAGCACCUGAAGAGAUAGAGUUGGACUCUAUUCAUGAUUAUGAGAACGUCUCACACACUGCAGCACAGACAGAAGACAGAGGAGCAGGAAGACAUGGUGUGAAGUCCAGUCAGAUGCUCACCUGAUGGAAACAAAGAAGAAGGAUGUUGAAAUGUCCCUUGGAGAGCGAGGCUGAGCAGGAUGUGUGCAAAGUGGAUAUUCACCUUCAACUCUUAAAGUUUUUAUUAUCAGUUUUCAGUAGCAGCUGCUUGUAGGUCUAGAUUAGAAGAAUGAACUGCUGGCAGCUUGAACUGAACCAUGUCGAGGUGUCAAACAUGAUUUAUCGUUAACACCAGCCGAUGGUCAGGUGCUAUAUUACUGCUUCAACUACGUGUACUGUACAUGCUUAUUUGUUAUAUGCAGAGUUGUUGAUAUCCUGUUGAUACCCUAA